AUGGCCUUCGCUGACACAGCAGCAAGGAAGCUUCUGCAUGGAGGCUCCGGCGGCACCAUCGCGCGAGGCGUCGCCGAAGCCGGCGGCAUCAGUUUCUUCGUUGCCAUCUUUACCCCCUUCUUCAUCGCUCUCAAGGGCGCCGCCCACAUGCUCGUCCUGUUUAUAGAGGCUCUCUGGUGGUGGCUUCAUACCUUCGUCAGCAGUGCCGCGGGCUCCUUCAACCAAACCUUUGACCACCAGUUCGCCGCUCUGGCGUGCGCAGCGCACAAAAUUCCCCAGAAUCUAGAGGAGCUUCGGCGGUGGCUCCAGGCAGCCACCACCGUAGCGCUCCCUUUCGUGAUCGGUGUCAUCGCGGUCCUCCUCUUCGUGGUGCUCACCUGGUUCUGCGGCUCGAUCCUGCGCCGCGGUGCGUCGUCACCGUGGGGGUCUUCAAGGAGCUUGUGUACACCUUCUACUACUUCGGGCACCUCCUGUACUGCGUCGCCGAGGCAGUCGCCCGGGCGCUCUCCCGACUCCUGCCUCCUGCCUCCCUACGCAUAG